GUAAAGCGACAUCUGAGGGUACCGCGUGACGUCAUCAGUCGGCGACGGUGUUGUGUUCUCCGAAGCUGAAGUUUGGACGCCAACAACUUGAGUGUCCGGCUCUGCACAACUGAAUGAGCCUUCUGCCAGUGCUGCUUUGUAAGCUUUGCUGCUGCGGGGAUGGGCCAGCAGCUCUCAGGUCAGGCGGUGAUGAACCAUCUGCCUGAGAAGCUGGUGAAACACGUUGGGCUUGUACGUGACAGCGGCUACCUUACGUACGAGGAGUUUCUGGCCAGAGUGGCUGAACUGAACGAUGUUACGGCCAAACUAGCUGCUGGACAGCAGAAGCACCUGCUGUUUGAGGUGCAGCCAGGAUCCGAUGCCACGGCCUUGUGGAAGGUUGCUGUCAGGGUCCUGUGUACCAAGAUCAACAAGGAGAAUGGCAUGAUGGAGGCAUCCCGCAUCAUGAACCUGUACCAGUUCAUCCAGCUGUACCGUGACAUCACCAGCCAAGCUGCUGAGGUGCUGACAGCAGAGGGGGCCUCCAGGGGCCCGUCUGCCCAGCUGCCCUCCACCGACUCCUGCCAGGCCAGCAUGUGGAUGGGCAGGGUGAAGCAGCUGACUGAUGAGGAGGAGUGCUGCAUCUGCAUGGACGGAAAGGCCGACCUCAUUCUCCCCUGCGCACACAGCUUUUGUCAGAAGUGCAUCGACAAAUGGAGCGGGCAGAGCCGAAACUGUCCGAUAUGUCGCCUGCAGGUGACUGCUGCCAAUGAAUCGUGGGUCAUGUCUGACUUCCCCACCGAGGACGACAUAGCUGGCUACAUCCUCAACUUGGCUGACGAUGCAGGCCACCCUCACAGGCCUUAACAUGCAGCACAGAGAGCCAGUUAGCCGACAAGGGAAAUCGACCUGUACCAAGUAGACUUCACACGUUGAAACACAAAAUGCCACUUUCACUAAUGAAGAGUUUGUUUUUUUUUUCUUCCUUAAAAAGCUAACAAUGCAGAAGAAAUGAGCAGGGGUUCCUCAAAGCUGGUGUUAAUGAAGUUGGAGAAAUAAGCGUUGAGAGUUGAGCUGUUAGACUCUGAAGUUAUCCAACCGAAAAUAAAUCCCUCGCAAUUCAAAGCAGCUCCUCUGAAACACAUUGACGCGCACUACCUGACUACACUGACUGGAUAUAAAUUAACAGCUCUGUUAAAUACCACAAUCAUACAAGAUGUCAUGCAAGAUGUCGGUCACAUGCGCUGCUCACUCUGGUUGCCCGACCCGGCAGUUGCUGCUUUGAGCGACUGGGUCUGUUGUUGAAUGAGUCUGUUGUUGCAGCUGCAGAGACACUCGUUCUUCAGCUCAGGGCUGUGUGAGGACCACAGUGAGGUUUGUUUGAGGUUGGACGUUCGCAGUAUCCAACCUGUGAAAGUGCAGCACGUCGUAGUCACUGCUAACCGUAUGCAACUACCUCAUAUCUCAUUCACGUGUCAGAAAACAACCAACGACAUCAAAAUGAACGUAAACGACGCGCACGGCUGUUGUUAGCACUCGCAGCUGUCAACAUAACAAAUUAGGAAGUUUUUUGCUGCACUUUCUGCCAUUCCUGUGCGACAAGCUCGCCAAUAAGCUCCAGCAACAAAUUCGCCCUGUGGAAAACUCCAACGUGAUGAAGGCACAGACAGUGUACGCGCAGGUAGACAGGUGUGUAGGUAGACAGGUAGGGAGGCUCGUUACGGGAUUGUAACUGUAACAAACACUGGAUUUUUUUUCUUUAUUUUUGUCAGCAUGUGAUUUUUUGAUUGCUGUCAGGAUGUUAAGAGAAAUUCUGUAAACAUAAAAUAAAAUGACUCUAAAACACAUGACCAACCCUAACUUUAAGUUCUUAGUUGACAGGAUUGGAAAAUGAUGCGUCUUAAAAAAAAAAAUUCUAGAGGUGGUCCUUAAUGGGAGCUUUGUGUGUGCUAAUACCUGCAUUAUAUGAAAUAUGUAAUGAUAAAUGUAAAAUAAUAUUUUAAUUUACACAGAGAAUAACCAAAAGUGCGCGCAUGUUGAGGUUCAUUUAGUCAACAGGGGACAAGAGGAUCCAAGCUGAAGUUGCCUUUCAUGUUAUGAAACUUCAUUGAACUGCUUGACAGUUUUUGAAAUAAUGCUUAUUCAGAGUUAAAUGCGAAGGUCAGUAUCACCAUUACCUCUGCAUGUGUGAAUUACUGUGAACUAAGGCUAUGACCACCAGCCUGUUAGCGUAGCUUAGCACAAAGACUGAUGUGGGGGGAGGGGAUAGUGGCCAGCCUGGCACGCUAUGCAUUUGUUUGUACGGUUUGUUCUCGUACAAUCAAACAGAUAAAAUGUUUAAAUAAGUGAGCUUUAGAGGUGCUGAAAGUAUGAUUUGUUACAUCUGGACAGAUUCAGGCGUCAUUUUCCUGCUUUUCGGCAUAAGCGUAUGGAACUUCUGCUUUAAGUGCAAAUCCAAGACACCCCGAGUUUCUGGUUAAACUCUUAAACCAGAUUUAUUCUCCACCUGCGAUGCUGUAAACGGAGUCUGUGCAAUGUAACCCUGCAUGUUUAUUUCCCACAUGACAUGCCUUACGAGCUGUGUUACGUUAAUCUGUUGUAGAGUGAUGUUCAGAGUCUGAAUAUAGACUUAGUGGCUUACCGUCUUUUCAGUGUAAAUAGUUUUGUAGGAUUUCAGUGACAUGGCUUGCUGUGGUGUCUUCUUCACUGUUGGGAAUAACCACUAUUUGUCAUAUAUGCUCUUCUCAUCUUUUUUUUACUUUAAAUACAUAUAAUAUAUACUUAUUAUAUAAUAUAUAUAUAUAUAUAUGUAUAUAUAUAUAUAUGUAUUUUUUUUAAUUUACCAUCACUUUAUUAGGUUUAUUUUAAUCUGACUGCUGUAGAAGUACUGUAGUUUACGCUCUCAAAACGACCUGUCUUGUCUUUGCUUUGCUCAGUUUUUUAUGCCUGUGAUUAAAGAUUACUAAAUAAUAGAGACGGCCAACAAAUUAUUUCUCAUAGAUUUAAAAUAGAAUUUAAAACCACAGUAGAGUUUUACUUUUAGCGAGUAUUUCAGGGUUUGUUUCCAGACCACGUGAAUCGCAGGUAGCACUUUCAGUUAAAGAGGAGGUGCUUGACUGCAUCCAUGCUGAAGUGUGCUGAAAAUGUCAGAAAACUGAGCUUCGUUUUCAUUGGAGGGAAAAAGUUUCUGUUCUGCUGAAAUCUAAUCAUAACUGAAAGUUGUAAUAAUAUUUGAAUUUAGCAUUUUGUUUUGUUCCAUUUAGCAAGUUAAUAAGUUUUGCUUUUGAUCACGUUUAGAUAAUUUAAUGUUUUUCUAAAUGUGAGACAGUAAUUCCACUAUUAUUAAAGAUGUGAUGGAAGGCUUUUCAUUUAGCAGAAUAGUCUUCUGUUGAAUUGAUAUUUGAUUUAUUAAACCACAAACAUAUGAACUUAAAUUUGACCAAAAGUAAUUUUUGGUUGUUGAUGCUGACCGAACGCACUUUAAAAACUCCACUGUAGCAUCCUUUUUGAUUGUGCAUAAAACGACAAAUGAUUUUAUGGUGGAAAAUAUUAUCUGCUCCUGGUCCAGUCAUAAUUUAUAAAACACAGUAGUAAUAUUAUAUUGUUAUUUGUGUAUACUUCAAUUUGUUCAAUUUGGUUCCAGUACUACUUUUUAUGAUCAAUUACUAUAAAACAUCCAAUGCUACAUAUUCAUACUGUAUGUAAAAUUACUGACUGGAAAGAGGUGUAUUAAAAAUGAAUCUCACUGUAUUAUCCUUAAUAAAGAGACACUCGUGUUUUUGCACUUUA